AUGUCUUAUGGUGUAAGUGAGUAUGGUAGGAGUGGUAUUGAAUCUGAUGAAACCGGUUACGGAAAAAAUAGUACUCAUGACUCUGAUGUGUACGGGUCCGGUGGAUAUGGGACCAAAAUCGUAACUGGUCAUGCAAAGAAAAGUGAAUACAAGGAUAAGAGUUCAAGUUACGGGUCUGGUUACGGAAAUGACUCUGCUGGACGUGGGACCAAAAUCGUAUCCGGUCAUGCAAAGAAAAGUGGAUAUGAGGAUAAGAGUUUAGGUUAUGGGUCUGGUUAUGGAAAUGAAUCUUGUGGAUAUGGGACAAAAAUCGUAUCAUAUUAUGGGUCUGGUUUAGGAAAUGACUCUGGUGGAUAUAGGACUAAAACUGUACCAGAUUAUGAGUCUGGUAGAUAUGAGACCAAAAAUUUUGGUUAUGGGUUUGGUUACGGAAAUAACUCUAGUGGAUAUGGAACUAAAACUGUAUCGGAUUAUGGGUCUGGUUACUCUGGUGGACAUGGGACCAAAAUAGUAUCUGGUCAUGCAAAGAAAAGUGAAUACGGGGAUAAGAAUUUGGGUUACGGAUCUGGUUAUAAAAAUGACUCUGGUGGACAUGGGACCAAAAUCGUAUCCGAUAAUGCAAAGAAAAGUGGAUAUGAGGAUAAGUGUUUGGGUUAUGGGUCUUGUUACGAAAAUGACUCUUAUGCACAUGGGACCAAAACCAUAUCUGAUCAUGCAAAGAAAAGUGAAUACGAGGAUAAGAGUUCAAGUUAUGGAUCUGGUUACGAAAAUGAAUCUGUUGGACAUGGGACCAAAAUAGUAUCCGGACAUGCAAAGAAAAAUGAAUACGAGGAUAAGAGUUUGGGUUACGGCUCUAGUUACGAAAAUGACUCUGGUGGACAUGGGACCAAAACUGUUGGGUUUAAUUGGAAAAUGACUAUGGAUAGUCAAGUGCAUGAUGUUCCAACGACUGUGGCAGCAACUAGUGUUGCCACAACGAGUCGUACAAAUGCUCUGCCGUGGAACAAAGACAACAAAAGAGUUGUGGUGAGCGCUGGAACGAAAGUACAAGACAGAGGAUACAGGAACUAA